AGCAGAGCAGCCAUGCCUACCCUCCCCUUGUUUCUCGGCCUCCUCCUCCUCCUCCUCUCCCUGCACACUGUUCCUGCAAGCACCGCCGCAAAAGACAAUGAUACUCUCCUGCCAGGCCAGGCGCUUGCCGUCGGCGAAAAGCUCGUCUCCAGCAAUGGCAAGUUCGCGCUCGGCUUCUUCCAGCCCGGCGCCGCCGGCAACAUCAGUAAGUCGUCCACCUCUCCGGGCUGGUACCUCGCCAUAUGGUUCAACAAGAUCCCUCUCCUCACCCCUGUCUGGGUCGCCAACCGGGAGCGGCCGAUCGCCGGUCCAGAUCUGAGGGCAACGCAGCUCCAAAUAUCUGGCGACGGCAACCUUGUCGUCGUCGUCUCCAACCAGGCCACCCAAUCCGUCGUCUGGUCCACUGACAUCGCCAAUAACAAUAGUAGUAGACCCAGCAACAUGACAACCAGCGCCGCCGUCCUUUUGGGCAGCGGGAACCUCGUCGUACAGGUACAAGACCCGUCGCCGCCUAAGUCCAAUGCCGUGCUUUGGCAGAGCUUCGACGACCCGACCGACGUCGCGCUCCCCGGCGCCAAGAUCGGCUGGAACAAGGUCACCGGCCUGAACCGCGUGGGCGUCUCGUGGAGGAGCCGCACCGACCCGGGGCUCGGCGCCUUCAGCGUCGGGCUGGAGACGAACGGCACCCGGAGGGUUAUGGUCAGCCGCCGCGUCCACCCCUCCAAGGUGUACUGGUCGUGGUCGCCGGUCAGCUCGCCGAUGCAGAUCCCGGCGCUCAAGGCGCUGCUGCGCAUGAACCCGCAGACCAGGGGGCUGGUCGUCCCGGAGUACGUCGACAACGACGAGGAGGAGUACUACAUGUACACCUCGCCGGACGAGUCGUCCUCCACCUUCCUCUCCCUCGACACGUCCGGCCAGACCAAGAUGAACGUGUGGUCGCCGGCCGACCAGGCGUGGCACAGCAUCUACGUCCAGCCCGUCGACCCGUGCCGCCCGUACGCCACCUGCGGGCCGUUCGCCGUCUGCACCGGCAGCUCGAACCAACCCUGCGAGUGCAUGGAGACCUUCUCCCGGACGUCGCCGCCGGACUGGGAGCUCGGCGACCGGACACGAGGGUGCUCAAGAAGCACUCCACUGGAUUGCAGUGGCAACAGGAGCAGCAGCUCGGCUUCGACAGACGUGUUCCACCCCAUGGAAAGUGUCACAUUGCCCUAUGGCCCUCAGAGCGUGCAGGAUGCGGCGACUCGGAGCGAAUGCGAACGGGCGUGCCGCAGCAACUGCUCCUGCACUGCCUACUCCAUUCAGGGCAGCAAGUGCUCCGUCUGGCAUGGGGAGCUGUUCAGUGUGAACAAGAACGAUGGCAUCGAGAUCAGCGCUGAAGAUACCUUGUACAUCCGCCUCGCCGCCGGAGAUUUUCCGACCGCAGCAAGUAGAGGUACAAGAAGGCCAUCUGUAGCUGGAGUGGCUAUUGCCGCAAGCGUUGCCGGGUUUGGGCUGCUAAUGCUAAUCAUGCUGCUGCUGCUCAUGAUCUCAAGGAACAGAUUCAACUGGUGUGGUGGUGCGUCCUCACAUGCCACCGGUCAUGGUACCGUGGGAGUUGUUGCCUUCAGAUACUCCGAUUUAUGUCGGGCUACAAGAAAUUUCUCAGAGAAGCUUGGAGCAGGAGGUUUUGGGUCUGUGUUCAAGGGAGUGUUGAGCGACCUGACUCGUGUGGCAGUAAAAAGGCUUGACGGCGCUCGUCAUCAGGGAGAGAAGCAGUUCAGGGCGGAGGUGGGCGCACUUGGACAGAUCCAACACAUCAACCUGGUCAAGCUGAUUGGCUUCUGCUGCCAAGGUGAUAGUAAGAGACUACUUGUGUAUGAACACAUGUGCAACGGUUCUCUUGAUUCCCAUCUGUUCCAGAGCAAAGGUAGGACAGUCCUUGACUGGAGGACCAGAUUUCAGAUAGCCAUUGGAGUUGCUAGGGGGCUAUCAUACCUGCAUCAGAGCUGCCGCGAAUGCAUCAUACACUGCGACAUCAAGCCGGAAAACGUGCUUCUCGACGAAUCGUUUGUCCCCAAAAUAGCAGACUUUGGGUUGGCAUCGGUCGUAGGAAGGGAUUUUAGCCGGGUCCUGACUACAUUCAGAGGAACCAUGGGGUACCUUGCCCCUGAGUGGCUUAGCGGGGUUGCUAUCACAUCAAAAGUCGAUGUUUAUAGCUUCGGCAUGGUGCUGAUGGAAAUCGUAUCAGGAAGAAGGAAUGCAGCAUCUGCGGAUCACACUAGCGGCAGCUACUGUGUCGCCUACUUCCCUGUGCAAGCCAUCAGCAAGCUUCAUGAGGGAGAUGUGCAGAGCUUGGUGGAUCCAGAAUUACGUGGUGACUUCAGCUUGGAUGAGGCUGAGAGAGUUUGCAAAAUAGCAUGUUGGUGCAUCCAGGACAGUGAGUCUGAUCGGCCAACAAUGGGUGAAGUGGUUCGAGUUCUUGAGGGUCUGCAGGAGCUUGAUAUGCCUCCGAUGCCAAGACUACUUGCAGCUAUAACGGACAGCUCUAAUGUGGAUUCAAUGUAUAGUAAUUCUUAAUGCUUUGAAAGUUGUUGCUAUUUUGUUUGUGGCUACAAAUAUGUAGUAUGAUCUAUGCGUGUAAUUCAAUGUUGGUACAAAUGUGGAUUCAAUGUAUAGUAAUUCUAA